UCCUUUGUGAGUGAGAUGUUUUGUCCGAAAUUUUGGGUGGGUUACGGAGGCAAACAUGAUCCUAGGAUUGGAAAAGGAUGUUGGAUUUGUGUUACUGGUUUUGGGGAGAUUCUAGUUUUAGGCGUGGAGAAAGAAGAAAGGAGAGAAGGGGAUUGAAAAGGGUAUCUAAAAUUGGCGGGGAAGAAGGUGGAAAUGUGGAGAGGAGAGGAGAAAGUGCAGCAUCACACGUUAAUUGGAAGGUUGAGAGUGAAAUGGAAAGAGCUGAAACGUCUCUCGUCCACUCUCGCAUGCAGAGAAAAAACAUUAAAGUUGGAAGCGAUGAAACACAGACAAGGUGUAAAAAGGAGUCAGAGGCAUAGCGUCCCUUGGAUAUCUUUCUACCUUUCUUCUCCGCGAGUGGUUUCAAUUUGAAGCUAAGGCAGAGACCUGAAAUCCUCUGCCUUAGAGAAACUCUCACAAUGGCGUUUCAGGAUUUUGACCUCAUCUCAGAGCGGCGGAGAAACGAGAAAAAGCAGAAGAUGAGGAAGAGGAUCAUGAUCGGCGUGGUUUCUUCCAUCGUCCUCGUUGGCAUGAUCGGCGCAGUUCUCUUCGUCGUGGUUAAGAAUGAUGACACUGGCCAUGGCAAUACCAAUGGAAAGAGCACCAACAAGGCACGUACCAGCCAUUCACCACCACAGGCUCAAGGUGGCUCGGCCAAGGAGCAGGUGGCGCACACGGAGAAGAUAGUGAAAAUGGUGUGCAGCUCCUCCGAUUUCAAGGACAAGUGUGAAGAACCUCUGAGCAAGGCCAUGGAGAAUGACUCCAAACUCUCGGAACCCAAAGACCUUCUCAAGGCCUACGUGAAGCUUGCAGAGGAAGAGGUUUCCAAGGCCUUCAACAAGACCCUGUCGAUGAAGUUCGACACUGAAAAAGAAAAAGGAGCGUUCGAGGAUUGCAAGAAGCUGUUUGAGGAUGCCAAGGAUGACAUCGCAACCACCAUCUCUGAACUAUCCAAAACCGAGCUCAAGAAUAUCACUGACAAGAGUCCUGAUCUGAACUCCUGGCUCAGUGCUGUCAUUUCCUUCCAACAGACCUGCAUAGAUGGCUUCCCUCAAGGAAACAUCAAGAGUGAACUUGGAAAUCUCAUGAACGAUUCCAAGCAAUUCAUCAGCAACUCCCUUGCCAUUGUCUCUCAGCUCGCAUCGACUCUUUCUACAUUGGAAACAGCUGCCGCCUCAUCACACGGCCGAUCCUUGCUGUCUCAGUUCUCCAACUCCCCAGCUGCUUCUCUCGACGAAACCGAUGGCUUUCCCUCUUGGAUCCACAACGAUGACCGCAGGAUCUUGAAGGCCGUCGAUAACAAACCUCCACCUAAUGUCACCGUGGCAAAAGACGGCAGUGCAAACUUCAAAAGCAUCUCCGAAGCUUUGAAUGCUGUCCCUGCAAAGUUUGAAGGACGGUAUGUGAUUUACGUCAAAGAAGGAAUAUACGACGAGACAGUGAAGGUUACAAAGAAAAUGCAAAACAUAACCAUGUACGGCGAUGGAUCCCAAAAGACAAUCGUCACCGGCAACAAAAACUUCAGGGACGGAGUCAGGACUUUCCUCACUGCAACUUUUGUGGUGGAGGGAGAUGGAUUCAUAGGCAUGGCAAUGGGAUUCAGAAACACGGCAGGACCCGAUGGGCAUCAAGCAGUGGCGGCAAGAGUGCAGGCAGAUCGUGCAGUGUUUGCGAACUGUCGUUUCGAGGGGUACCAAGACACUCUAUACACCCAAGCACACAGACAAUUCUACAGGAGUUGCAUCGUGACCGGAACAAUCGACUUCAUCUUCGGUGAUGCGGCUGUGGUGCUCCAGAACUGCAUCCUGAUCAUUAGGAAGCCAAACGACAACCAGCAGAACAUGGUGACAGCUCAAGGGAGAGAGGACAAGCAGCAAGCGACUGGAAUUGUGCUGCAGAAGUGCACAAUCAAAGCCGAUGACGCACUGAUCCCAGUGAAGGACAAGAUCAGAAGCUACCUGGGAAGGCCAUGGAAGCAGUACUCAAGAACCAUUGUGAUGGAAUCAGAAAUAGGUGACGUGAUUCACCCAGAUGGAUGGACAGCUUGGGAAGGUGAUUUCGCUCUGAAAACAUUGUACUAUGCUGAGUAUGGGAACACAGGAGCUGGUGCCUCCACCAGCGCCAGGGUGAAGUGGCCCGGUUACCAAGUUAUCAGCAAGGAACAAGCUACGCAGUUCACUCCUGGCGCUUUCUUGAGAGGCACAUGGCUUCAGAGCACUGGAGUGCCAUCUACGCAAGGCUUGUACAACAAUUAAACCUUUCCUUCCAAAUUCAUACCAAUUCCUGUUCUUUAGGCACACUGGAAAAUAAACCUCAUGGUGUUCCUCGUUUUGAUCAAUUGUAAUCUUUUUUUUAUUCUUUUAUUCUUUUAUUUUUACUUCUCUUUCUUAAUUUUUAAAAACAUUAUUUAAUCUUAAUUUGUAAUCUUCCACUAACUACAGCGGUUGGAACAACUUGCCAUAAAAUUCU